UUUGAAAAAUUGGGUCUCUUCUACUACACUGACCUACUCGCAGUCUUUUCAAAAAUCGCAAUUCUAGUUACACUCAGAAUUACGAUCGAGACUGGAGCCAUAGAGCACGAGCAAGCAGUCAAAAUGCUGUGUGACGACCGUCUAGGCCGCGACAUGUUGCCGACGUUCUUGCGCCUGCUUGAGAGGAUGGGAAUCGCUUUUCCGAUCUCGACUCACAGCGUGCUCGUUCCCACUCUCCUUCCGUCCAAUCGGCCACGCCUCACAGCCAACCUGUCUAAACACCACACGGGAUCUCACAACUCGCGCUUACGUUCGACUUCUCAGGGGAAAGAUAGAUAUCAACUAAACCCCCGUGGUACUGUCCAGCGAGUUUACUCGCUGCACAGCAUGCCCACAAAUUUCAUCCCUCAACUGGUGGCUAGAAUCAAGUCCAGUUUUGAUCGCUGGUAUUCGUCUCAUCAGGGAGGGCACCGGAAACGAACCGGAAGCGUCGUUGAGCUACCUUACUUAAGCGCUAGUCACGACAGGAGAUAUUCGCCGCGACGCACAGAGGUGGCUCGGAUGGUCGAUUUUGAGUGUUGGAAGUAUGGCAUUGUUGGCUUUUAUGAAGGUGGACAUCUUCUCGUGGAGAGUAUUGAUGGCCUCAGGGGAGAACAGACGAGAGUCAGCCUUUGUGGAAUACAGAUAACCGUGGCCGGUGAUACGUCGGUGUUGGGCUUUGUCGUCGAUCAAGUGGAGACUUUAUUGACAGAUUGGUUUCCAGAGGUUGCAUUGGCUGGUCCGGGAAGCUUUUACCAUCUUGAACGAAUAGUACUCAAUAGAACCCUCGCACCAGAAAUCGUUGUUCUACCGACAACUGCUGACCAUCAGGCAACACCCCGGAGUUUACCGCUCGCCGGAUCGGAGGACGCCCAACAGUUGGGCCUCUACGUCGUCGAGCAGUGCUGUGUUCACUGGCAGUCGCACGACACCAUACGCUGUCCCAAAAGCAACCAACUCAUCAAGCUCACCGACGUCAUUCCUGACGUCCUACUGCAAGACGUGCCGGACGAGAUGCACAUCUCGGCCGACGAACUCUCGUUCUGUCCGACGGUCGAGAGUUUCAUCGGUUUCGGCGGCGAGGCGGACGUCUACGUGCACACGUUUAGAGACACGCCGGUGGCGGUAAAGAUAUACAACAUGUCUGUUGGGGUGAUGAGCCCGGGUCCGUCCGUCGACGGGUCGUUUACCGCUGCUAGCCAGUUGGCUUCUAUGCUCUUAUCUAGUGUACAGUCGGUACGACAACUCGAGGCCGGGUUUCUUCAGACUAGUUUCUCUCUGCCCGAGACUGCAGUGAGGAGAAGUAAGGCCGCCAUGCAGGUGGUCGACCACCUCGGAGACGAGCUGUGUUCGCUUGCCAUCGCGUCGCGCGGAUUAUCAAUGCUCGAAGCAUUCAACAAGCUGAGAAAGGAGGCGACGUUCCUGUUGCAGUUGCGUCAUCCGUGCGUCGUUCCGCUUGUCGGUUUCUGUCUGCGUCCGCUCUGUCUUUUGACGGAGUAUGCUCCGUUGGGUUCUCUGUCGUCGGCGUUGACGAAGGUUCGUGAAGCGGAGGUCAAUGAUAAGAGUCUGAGCGUCUUGGAGAAAAGGUCGGCACGACCCUUGUUUCGAGACGGAGUCUUGGGACGAGCACUGACGUGGAAAAUAGCGUUUCAGGUGGCGAAAGCGUUAGAACAUUUGCACGACAGCAGAGUCGUUUACCACGAUUUGAAGUCGGCUAACGUACUUCUCUAUUCAGUCGACAUCAACACUCCUAUCAACGUGAAGGUCGCCGAUUACGGCAUCUCGCAGUCUCUUUCUCUCUCUGGCGUCAAAGAGACUACCGCCCUCGGUAGUCCUGGAUUUCAGGCUCCGGAACUCACCGCAUUUGGCGUUCGCGAGCGGAUCUUCGACGAGCAGACCGACAUCUUUUCGUUUGCGAUGGUGUUGUAUGAGCUGUUGACUGGGUAUAGACCGUUUGCCCAGUCUCCCUAUACCGCUCUUGAAAUACCGGACAAGAUCAGUCUCGGGGAGAGACCUCCGUUGGCCUUGGGCCACACGUUCACUCGCAUCGUGGACUUGAUGGAGCAAAGUUGGCGUCAGGAGUCACGGGACAGACCGACAGCUCGGCAACUUGUCACGAUAAUGCUGGAAGAAUCGUUCGCUGUUCAACACUCGACGCUAUCUAUCCCUCGCUGCGUUUCAGCGGAUCAUGUUUGUGCCGCGGUCGACUACGCUCAGGUUACUCCUGUUAACUGUCUGACGGGCAGCAGGGAAGAAGGCAUCGCAGCUCUGUUUCAAGCAUCGCCUUCGCUUCCGAAUGAAAGUGACCGGAAACAGCCUAUUGAUAUGAAGCAAUCAGGCGUUUUAUGGGCCAUCGGUGGUGUCGGUAGCAAUCGCCGUCUGAGCGUCGUUAACGCUCAAACAGGACAUGCUCAACUCAAAGAGAUCUCUUUUCCUGGUUCUGAGGUGAUGUGCAUGGCGUCUGUCGAUGACCGACAGAUGUGGCUCGGCGUCGAGCAGGCGGGUAGCAUACCGGAAGUGCACGUUUACAGCACCCAUGGUGCAGACUCUUCCUUUAUGUGGGAAUUCCAAUGGAAGAGUCGCUUAGACGAAACACCGCUCGCAAUUCUCAGUCAGAAAUGCCCAAACGUUCAAGAGUGGGAUUACUGCGUCUUGUUAGGUUUAAGAGGCGGAUUGAUGACGGCCUUUUACGGUAAAGAGCGUCCAAGAGAAGAUCUGCAAGAGGAGCUGGUGAGUAGUAGAAGCAGCUUAGCUGAUUGGACUCGAACAAGACGAAAAAAAACGGCAAACUAUCGAGACGCAAUACGUCGUGAAGGCGAGCAAGCUCCCGCCUACUUGCCUCUCAUCAGAGACCCGCACUUCAGUUGGGAUCGCAACAGUUUCCGCGCCGUGGACCAGACCGAGAGACCGGUAACGUGUAUGACGGCCGUCGGAACAGACGAAGUGUGGUGUGGCGCCGGUCCUCGCGUGUGCGUUCUCUCCCGCAGAGACAGCCCGCAGUCGUAUCUGUCUCGCAGCUCCGUCAUUCGCCUCCGUGGCUUUAAUGCCACUCACAUAGCGUGCGUCGGCAUCUCCGUUUGGAUAGCAGACAGCGACAAGUCCUUGUUGUGGCGAUAUGAUGCAGACACAAAGGAUAUCACUACUUCUCUUGAUCUCGGCAAGGUGUCCCCAUCGGAUCCGUUCCCUUGUAACGUUCCAUCCUGUUUCUAUUCAGCUGGGACAGACGCCGUGACUACUGGGGUUACUAAAAACAUUUUAGAAGAAGCCGAAUCUCGACAGGCUUCUACUCAACUCGAAUCCGCAACGCCUAGCAGGAGCUUAUCUCACACAGAGAGCCCUUUAAGAGAUGACGAGAUGGACGUCAUGGGCAACGUUGGUGCUAUAGCGGCUGUGGGUGAUGCGCUAUGGGUCGGUCGUCGGAGUGGAGACAUACUUAUAAUCGAUGGAAAUCGAGGAUCUAACGAGCUCCAAGUGGCUAUCGGUUGUCUUCAACCAUUGCGGACUAGUCCCCGCUUUGGAUGCCCCGUUCGAACUCUCACGCCGUUGUCGUGCGGUUUGGUUGUAGUCGCAAGACUUUCGCGUCUUGAGGAGCUCUACAGCGAAGAUUCGUUGCCGACAAGACUGCACUCGAACUACUUUAGUCGCGAUCGCUCUCGCCGUGAUUAUAAUGAUGAUGUUGAGCCGUUGGAUGUGUGGGAAGCGUGGUCUUCACCAGAACUGACGUGGUUCAGAACUCAGCAAUCACAUCUCGACUAGCACUAUCAAAACUCCUUACAAAACUUGUUGACAUCGUAGCGACUAUAUAUUUUGUAGCAUUUGUAUAUGUUUAAAUCUUGGCUCUCUUUUUAUGUAGUUUCUAUAGAUAGCUGUUGGUUUGUAGUACGUGUUAUUGCUUAAUUAUACGACUUAGCGCAAGAA